UGAGGGUGGUAUUUGAUGCUUGUGUGCUUACAGUUCACGCCACAGUUGAUGCUACGGAAUCAGAGUGGCUGCCCGAAUAUCUCUGUGUUUGACGAUUCAAGCAGUGGACCAGUGAGCAGCGCUUCAAUUAGCGUACCAAUCUCCGCAACUGGACGGGAUUGCCUCUAUGAUUGUGAAGCCGACUUCAACUCUACCUGGAUAGAAAUACCUGAAGUGCCAUGCCGUCGAUCUUGUCCCAGCACAGUGGUUGCUGGCAUUGGCGAUGUUUGCUCACUCAAUGGAUGUACACAAAUUGACGGUCCUUUGAUUAUCAGCAUACUAUAUGUGCCGCCAACUCCUGACACUAUGGUCAGUGCGCUUUGUACUGAAGUGCCAGCAUUCAACUUCACAGCCAAUUGGGAAUUUGCAAUGAGGGAUGUUCAGGUCAUCAAUGGUAGCCUUCAGAUCAGUCAUACAGCAUGCCUUCACUCGUUGAACUUUCUCAGGAAUGUCAGAAUCAUUAAGGGAGACAUCAUCAUUAAUCAUAACGGGAUUCUUCGUGAAUUUGGCGGCUUUGCGCCACAAGUAGUGGAUGGAACGAUAACCAUCGCAGGCAACCCUCGGCUUUGCCGCAGUGCCAUCAGCAGCUGGAGUGCCCGUAUACAGCGUCCUGUGUCUAUGAGCAGGAACGGACUAGCGGGAGCAUGUAUCACCUGUCUAUCGUACAAUCUGAACUUUCGAAAGGACCCAAUCGAGAUCAUCAUUGAAGAAAAUGAUUGCACGGCUAGCUUGUCUAAUGAAUACCCGGACAUUGACAUUUCAAACCUGCGCCACGUCGGCUACAGGUCUGCGUCAAGGCAGGUAGACUUGGACCCUAACAAAUGUAGUGGAGUGCACGAUAUGGAUAGUUUGAACCAAAGUGUGUUUACAGUGGACCCAUCCGCAUCGACUGACUUUCUGCAGUGUGGUGACGAUUAUCUGGGAUGGAAUAUAUAUUUCGUGACUGUUGGCCGCGGAUCGCAGGUUGGGACUAUCCAAGUUCAGCAAGUUGACGUUCGGCUUGUGUUGGGUUCCUGUGCCUGUGUGGGCUUCUGGUUAUCAAGUUUAUUUUACGAUGAGACGUCGGGACAAAUAUAUGACCUGUACCGCUCAAACGUCGGAUUCAACCAGCUUGAUGUUCAGAAUGUCGUUCCUAUCCUAUCGCAUGUGAGAGCCAGCAGCACUUACCUGCCGGCAACACCCAGUAGGUCGAGUGAGUCCACCUUGAACAUAACCUGGGAGCUUGGUUUAGUUGGCUGCAACGUGGACGAAACAUUCUAUGGACUCGAGUUCCGGCUAGUCAAAGCGCCUGCCUCAUUCAACGACUUCCAGCGCUCGGCUGCCGCAGCUGACCAAUGUAUGGAGAAUCAGCCGAACGGUAGCUUUGGACUAGUGCUGUGUAAUGCUUCCCUGAGUACGCCUACGAGUGGGCAAGCGAUAUAUACGGCAGACAGUUACGAGAAGUCCUAUUUCCUAAAUCCUCAAAUCCGACCGGUCGAGGCGUCCAGAGUGUUUCGAGGCCUUCAACCAGCGACUCUGUAUUACGUACAGGUGGUGGUGACAAUAGGAGGUGGUGAAUACGGUGAUUGGUACUUGGUACCCCCGCGUCUCACCUGGACCCAACCAGCAACGGUACCAGCCGCUGCCCGCUACCACCAGCCACUAAUCCUCAAUGCACCUGAUACUCGUUCUGGUAUCGGUCUAGCAUCUCAACUGGCUUGGAAUCAGAACUUGAGUCUCCUUGGCCAGGAGCCAUCAGCUGUUGACCGCUACCAAUUGAUUUUUUCUGCGGCACCUGGAUUGCCGAUUUUCCUGAGAAACUUACUGUGCGCGCGAGAAUUUGAGGCACGCAUGGCAGCACUGGGAUGCGGUUGUGGUCAACGGACCUGCAACCCAAGACGGCGAGAAUUUCUCUGCAGUGUACGCUGCCCUGUGGACAUAGCACAGUGUGUACUGCCAGCCCUGGAAGAGGAAUGGUGCUUUGUACUUGCAAGCGGCAGUACGCUCACCAUUGAGGCGUGCAAUUCCCUGGAGUGUGAAGGAAACAGUAACAAUGCUGCAGCACGCCGUGCAUUGGCAUGGACUGCACCCGAGCCCGAAAUACUAUGUGCUGACCCUGAGAUUCGGACCAUGUGUGAACCUCUGCUACCACCGGGGACCGUACUUAGUUUGUGCGCCGCCAAUGCCAGCAAUAGCAACAAUCGGAAAGCCGGUGAUAACAGCACAACGAUUAUCCUGUCGGCGGUGUUAAUUCCAGUGUCAGUUAUAUUUGUGUUACUGGUCACAAUUGGAUUAUGGCUUCGGCAACGGAAGAAGACGACGCUCUUGAAAGAAGAGAUGAACCGUCUUGAAAUCAUUGCUGGUACUGACUACACAUUGGUUGAGUAUGUUCCCGAUGACUGGGAGCUGGAUGAAGAUCAGCUAGAGCUGCACGACAUGCUUGGUGAAGGAGCUUUUGGCAUUGUCUACAAGGGAAUUAUGUACCAGAAAGGUUCAGCUGGACCUGUUUCUAGUCAAAUAGUGGCAGUCAAGACACUGAAGGCUGAGGGAGCCUACGAGAAGAACCUCUUUCUGCAGGAGGCCUCAGUAAUGAAGAAAUUUGACUGUCCCUACAUCGUCCAGCUGCGGGGCAUUGUGUCGGAGAACGCACCGAAAGUUGCUAUGGAGUACAUGGAGUGUGGUGAUCUGAAGAACUACUUGCGCUCCGUUCGAAAGAAGGCAAAGUCGAGUGGCUUCAUGAACGCAGGACCAGUGGUGCAUGGUCUGUCCUCUGAUGGUAUAGACAGUGAUAGCGGUGUUCCAACUACAGUCGGCACUAUAAAGAGUGGAGCGGACACUCCUAACGCUGGACUCCCCAAUGCUCUGCCCUCAGAGGAGCAGUUUAUGACCUGGGCUGAGCAGCUAGCACAAGCUAUCCAGCAUCUCGUUGAGAAACGUUUCGUACACAGGGACAUUUCUGCUAGGAACUGCAUGCUUUCUGCUGAUUUGACGUUGAAGCUGUCUGACUUCGGUUUGUCCCGUGACAUCUACUCCAACGACUAUUAUCGCAAGGUUGGUCGAGGGGCUCUCCCACUACGCUGGCUGCCACCAGAGGCAUUGCGAGAUGGCAUGUAUUCGUCAGCAACUGACGUCUGGUCGUAUGGCAUUGUACUGUAUGAGUUGGCGACACUUGCGGAGUUACCGUAUCGCGGCAAGUCCAACGAAGAGGUGAUGGAGAUGCUACUUAGAGGUGAACAUCUGGAACCACCUCUGCUUACUGGUCAUGGUUUCCCGGCCUUACUGAAUGACAUCAUGCUUAUUUGCUGGCAAUUUGAUGCUGAAUGUCGGCCCAGCAUGGAGGUCAUCUUGGCUGCGAUAGAGAGUGGUGUUCCGCCCCAAGUUUCGCAGGAUCCAUGCCAGGCACAAUCUCGUUCAAUGCAGCGUGAAGAUGAAGAAGGCAUGGCCAAGAGUGGCAGCAGCGAGGCGGGUAGUGAACAAUCUGUCAGUUUGUCCACGCCGCUUCUUGAUCCAGCUGCGGAGAGACGGGAAGCGUUCGUGUCCGGCGGUGUGCAGAAAGAAGUCGUCGAGGAAAUUCCAGCUAACAGCAGCAGCAGCAGCCAGGUGAAAUUGCCACCUUCCGCCGCCGCUGUGGUGGAGAGCAGACUGACCCGGAAGCUCAGUACAGCCGAGUCGUGUGAUCUACCGAAAGAACCCGCUCCUAUGCUACUGAACCGCGAUGAGCUCCUGGAGACAGUCGCAAUGCACAGCUCGCACAAUUGCAUCGUAUCUGCUGAUGAACCACUGCAAAGUCCAGAAAGAUCCGUCCACUCCAGCAGUACAUGUCAUAGUGAGUGGGAUGUUCCUGUUGAUGCGCAGAGUGAGCUGAGUGGUGAGGAAGUGUGGGAUGUCCCUGUAGAUGAGCAAAGUGAACUCCAAAGUCUAACCAACAAUGACAAUGAGUGGGAUGUUCCUGUCGAUGCUCAAAGUCCAACCAACAGUGAAGGAGAAUGGGAUGUUCCUGUUGAUGCUCAGAGUCCACCCAACAAUGACAAUGAGUGGGAUGUUCCUAUCGAUGCUCAAAGUCCAACCAACAGUGAAGGAGAAUGGGAUGUUCCUGUUGAUGCUCAGAUUCCACCCAACAAUGGCAAUGAGUGGGAUGUCCCUGUGGAUGCUCAAAGUCCAACCAACAGUGAAGGAGAAUGGGAUGUUCCUGUUGAUGCUCAGAGUCCACCCAACAAUGACAAUGAGUGGGAUGUUCCUGUCGAUGCUCAAAGUCCAACCAACAGUGAAGGAGAAUGGGAUGUUCCUGUUGAUGCUCAGAGUCCACCCAACAAUGGCAAUGAGUGGGAUGUCCCUGUGGAUGCUCAAAGUCCAACCAACAGUGAAGGAGAAUGGGAUGUUCCUGUUGAUGCUCAGAGUCCAACCAACGGUGACAAUGAAUGGGAUGUCCCUGUGGAUGCUCAGAGUCCACCCAACAAUGGCAAUGAGUGGGAUGUUCCUGUCGAUGCUCAAAGUCCAACCAACAGUGAAGGAGAAUGGGAUGUUCCUGUUGAUGCUCAGAGUCCAACCAACGGUGACAAUGAAUGGGAUGUCCCUGUUGAUGCUCAGAGUGCAACCAACAGUGAAGGAGAAUGGGAUGUUCCUGUGGAUGCUCAGAGCGAAGCCAGAAAUGAGGUGAGUUUGGACUCGCAUCUCAAUACCAACGGCGGAAGUGCCAAUGAAGGUGAACGGAAUGCUACCACAGAUACAUGUACACCGUGUCAUGCGGACAGUGGCAAGGAGCAGGAUGUUUUGCUGUUUGACUUCCCAAGCCUUGUAGAUACCCACAAACUACCCGUGGAUUCUGAGACAUGCUGAAACUCCAGGAGUUAAGCCAUGCCAUCAGGAUGCGUCAGCUGUACCUCGGGAACUACUUCCUGCAGCAGCUAUCUAUGCCGCCAACAACUGCAUAGUCGUACACAGAGCAUUGGUAUCUGUUACUGCCUUGUACAAGAAACUCUGCAUGGGUUUUGCAGACAUACCUGACACCAAAGUUGCCUUCUAACGCGUUGAACACUUCCUUGAGGCUGGAUGAAGCAUUGUUCUUACUUGAAGCUAGCUGAAGCAUUGUUGACGUAAAAAGGUAGGCGUCAUGUAAUUGCUUUUUUCGAAUUUGAUUUUCUGCAUGCAUGUUGUGCUUUGCGAACAACAGACCUGAUGCUGAUUUUGACCAACAAAGUCCGCUGAUGACUGAUAGGUUUACCUUGACAGUUUGGAAACUAGAUUAUCGGAGGCACUUUA